AUGAAAGUGACCGGGCUUCUAGAUGAGUCGGGGAUGUACCAAGACUCUGGGACGCUGGGUCACGUUCAAGCUGAAUGGACCUGGAGACUCAUUCAUAAUCGAUACACUUGCGUGAUUCCAACCUGGCCAACGAACUACAACUUCGCUGCUGCGCAUCGAUCGUCUGGAAACGGAUUCGGCAGAUUACCCGAGCCGCUUCAGACAGUCGCAGGGGAAUAUUGUCCCGGCAAUUAUGCAGUGUCUCAGACGACGAACAAUGAAAAGCUGCACACCGGAAACGAAUUGUAUAUGCCGCAAGGCUACAGACAAGAAACUUGGUUGCAAGAUGGCAGCAGCUCCGAAACCGAAGACAGCGAACAAUACGUGCCCGAGUUUCAUCAAAUGUCAAGUACGAGUGUCAAGCAAGAGUCGAGCAAUUGCACGAGAAGUAGCGACAAUGGCAAUUAUCAUCCCCAGUAUCAAUCCUCCGUCGCGCACAGUCAAAAUGGUGAUUUCCUCGAACUCAGCACAGAUCGUUGCUUCGGGAAUCGAAAGAUAAAUGCGCCAGCUAAUAAAAAUACGAAGGACGUCGCCGUGAAAGAGGAACCGGCCGAUCGAAGCUACGUGGAACCGCUUCCGAUAACGAGCAUAUCAUCCGCAACGUCACAAGACGCGCAGAACGCAAGCAGCUUAAUUUAUCAGCAACAUCAACAGUAUGGAAAUGUGACGAGGGAUCAUCCUAGGGGAUCGUCACCAUCGUCCAGUCGUCCGGCUAGCGCUUCCUCCUCAACUUCUCAAUGGCAAUCGACCUUCCCGUCCGAGACCUUCCUGCCGCGACAGGAAAAUUGGAAUGCCGAGACUUAUGCGAAACGAAGCGUCACGCCGACCUGGACGGAACUCGGCACGCAGCUAGAUCCCAGAAAUUCGUCCUGGGAUCGGCAGAAUUGUUACCAGAAGAAGGGCUCGCCGAUCCCAGCCUGGAAUUCGGAUCAUAUCAACAAGAGGCCGUCGUCGACAACCGGCGUGUCCGCCUGGAGUGACGUGGCUGUCGGCUAUCUACAACAACGACGCGGUUCUCUGCAACUGUGGCAGUUCCUUGUAGCCUUGCUCGACGAUCCCGCGAACGCACCUUGCAUCGCAUGGACGGGUCGCGGGAUGGAAUUCAAGCUAAUUGAGCCAGAAGAGGUGGCUCGGCGAUGGGGCGUCCAGAAAAACAGACCGGCUAUGAAUUACGAUAAAUUAAGUCGUUCGCUGAGAUACUACUACGAGAAAGGCAUAAUGCAAAAGGUUGCCGGUGAGCGAUACGUGUAUAAGUUCGUCUGCGAUCCGGAAGCGCUCUUCAAUAUGGCGUACGGUACCGGCGCGUCCUCCGGGAUUAGCGGAGAAGUUCCAAGUAGUAUGGUACGAAGUCACGCGGUGCCCGGGAAAGGAGCGGGCGGGAAUGAAGUUCCAGAUUUGAUGAAGCAUCCCGCCGCGGGAUAUAGCGACGCGGUUUUCGCUAUGUACUCGAACACCGCCGCAGUGUACGGGCCAUCCAGCUUCCAUCACCUGCAUCAGUAUCUCGGCGGAAACGAAGGCUUCAAAACACCACCGAGUAGAUAUCAUCCACAUUACUCUCAUCAGUAUGCUGGCAAUCAUCAUCAUCACCACCAUCCAUCCCCGAGUUACGCAGAGACCUUCCUGAACUACAGUCGACUGUCGUCGCACGAGCCCGCUCUCGAUUCGAAAGCGCAGGAGCCACCGCCGAGGGACUCGUAUGCCCAGGAAACGGAGAGUACCAAUAGAGAUCGGGAGACCUCGAUACCCUACGAGAACGUGCAGAGAUCGCAAUUGCCGGCCACAACAGCGUCCGAGCAAUCAUCAAUACUGGACAGCGCGGCGAGCUCGAAAAUCGAGCAGGCGCCCUACACGUGUCUAGGUGUUGGAAGCUGCGUUUGUUAAAUAAAUGUGAUGGAAUCCUGUUAUUUGCAUAUUAUUCUAGAAGAAAGGUCUCCCGUCGAUUAUGCUCCGAAUCGUCUGGAUUUGUAUACGGUACAUCUGUAAAUAGCAUUUAUUUUUGUGCGCACCGAAUUAUCAUUGAUAGACUAAUAAAGUUGUUUAGUGCGAAUUUC